AUGCCUCCUCCAAGACCAGCCACGCUUCUUCUCUACACACCCCACAAACCCAGCUGCGCAUCUCCUCACCUCCGCACGCGCCAAAGCUGCUACUCUCUACUCACGCACACGACCACCAAGCGACCACACCCACAAAACCCACACACCCUCACACAAAACCCUAUACCCAACCUCCUCAAACCCCGCCACUUCUCCUCAACUCGCCCCGCAUACGCCCACGCACAGAACCACUAUGAAACCCUCGGCCUCCCCGUAACCGCCUCCGCAGCCGAGAUCAAAAAGAAAUUCUACGCCCUCUCUCUCCGCCACCACCCGGACCGCAACCGCACAGACCCAGAAGCAGGCCCGCGCUUCGCCCGCAUCUCAGAAGCCUACAACACCCUCGGCCGCGCCGCAAAACGCGCAAUCUACGACCGCGACCACGGCUUCCACUCCGCCCAACACACCCACCCUCACCACGGCGUCCCACACGGCACCCACAGCAGCCACACCGCGCACCCAAACAAAGGCGGCAGCUACGCCGGCUCCAGGCCCGCCAGCGGGCUAAGUAAACGGCGCAGCGCGUUCCACGGGCCGCCGCCCAGCUUCUACGAGCACGGCGGGUACGGGGCUACGGGGCGGACGGCUGGGGAGGGGGCGUAUACCAGUGGCACUGCGGGCGGCGGUGGGUUCGGUGGUGAUGAGUUUGGGGGAACGGGAACGGGGAAGAGGAAGCAGGAUGAUCCUGAGGAUCCGAUGGGGUUCAUUUAUCGGAAUCCCUUGGGGCAUUUUAAUGCGCGGGCGCAUUUUAAGACGCAGAGUGCGGAGGAUCGGAGGCGCGGGGAGAGGAGGAGAGCUAGGAUGGAGGAGGCGGUUAAGGUUAAUGGGAAUGUGAUGGCUAGUGGGAACUUUCAGGCUAGUGAGUUCUUUACUGUUUGUGGGAUUUUUGUGCUACUUAUUGCUAUUGGUGGCUUUAUUGCGAAUCCCAUACCGAUCCCGCCUACUUCUGCGCCUGCGUCUGGGACUGGGGAUGGGACGGGAAGACGGAAGGAGAGUCGGGGUUCUUGA